UGUGCCACAUAUUCCGAAGAAAUGAGGGAACAUCAGGAAGAAAUGCUGCCAGCGCACAGGGACUAUCUGUUGAUGGUCUGCUAUGCGAUUGACGCCUUUGAACUGUUUCACUCGCUGUACUUUCUGGUGGAUACCACGGGUCUGUUGAUAACGCAUACGAAUCUCUACACGACUUUGGCUUUUCUGGGCACCAUCGUUUGGUUUCUGACUGUUGUUGCACUCUUUGUGGGCCUGUGGCAGGGUCGUCCGCUGCUCUUCAUAUUCUGGCUCUUCUUCUCGGGCAUUGGCACACUCACGGACAUUGUGUAUCUGGUGUGGAAUGUGACUUCAUCGCUCACCUUUGACUGGUUGCAUUUCCUCCAUUGGACUGUACUCUACUUUGGAAUAGUUGUCGAGUGCACUUGUCUGUAUUUGGUUUACAGUUAUUAUCGAAGAGUGAGUCACCUUUACCAGCUACACCACCACGAGCAAGGGAAUGCCCAAAGUCACAGACUUUUCACGCCCAGUGACCUGCACAGCGAAACGUCAGCAUAUCCAGCCACAGAUACGAAAAGAUGGCAGGAAUAAGUACUAAGUAGAGCUU